AUGUCGAAUAGUUUUGCUCUUUUAGAGGCUGCUUCCAACAGCGAUCCACAAGAAAUCGCUGCCAAGACAAAGGAAGUCAAACAAGAUAAGCCAAAAUUUGUUGAGGAAAAGAAACCAACCCAACAAAGAAAGCCAAAGCCAACAUCUGCUCCAUCCGAAGUGGCUUCAACUGAAGAGGGAUUCCAAGGAACCCGUUCAAAGGGACGUGGAGGCAGACCACAACAUCAUCAAGCUCCAAAGAAGGGCAGAGCUUUUGAUCGUCAUGUCUCUGGUACUGGAGUAAAGAAAGGUGAAGUAAAGAAGGGUGGUGGUGGAAAAGCCAACUGGGGUAAACCAACUGAUGAAAAGGAAGAAAAGCCUGUCGAAGUUGCUUCUGAAUCUGCUGGAGAACAACAACCAACUGAGGAAAAGAAGGAAGAAACGACACAAGCUACCGAACCUCAACAACCAGUCGACACUAAUUUGACUUUGGAAGAAUACCUCAACCAAAAGAAGACUGCUAAAAUUACAUUGAAGAAGGAAGCUGGUGAACAACUUGUUACUGGUAAGAACGUUAAACUCACUGGUGAAGAAUUCUCUAGAGCAUCCGAAGAACUCUUCCAAAAGGAAAAGAAGAAGGUAGAAAAGGAAGAAAAGACCGAAAAGAAGACUGAAAAGAAGCCAAAGGCAAUUGACGUCUCUGAAUUCUUGGACUCUGCUUCACUUGAAAAGAUCAAGGAAAGAAGAGAUAGAGAAUUAUUGGAAGGACCAAAGCAACAAAGACCUCGCACACAAGGAUCCAGACCAACUGGCGGAAGACCUGGAAACAACAACAAGAAGGGACCAAAGCAAGGAGGUAACAAGGACAAGAGUGCUACCGGCCCAAAGAAGCCUCGUCCAGUCAUUAACAAGGAUAAGGACUUCCCAGCUUUGAGCCCACAAAACUAA